AUGGCACCGCAGCAACUCCCCGAAGCUCCCGCUCCUCGGAAACCUCCACCAGUGGGCUCAGCCUUCCACAAAUCCAUCCAGUCACUCUCCCUCCGCUACGGCCCCCUCAUGCUUCUCCACUUCGGCAAGGUCCCCGUCCUCAUCGCCUCCUCAGCUGAGGAGGCGGCGCGUGAGAUCAUGAAACACCAGGACUUAAUCUUCUUAAACUGGCCCCAGCUCAGCAUCAUCGCGAGCCGGCUGUUCUACAACAACCGGGGCGUGGUGUUCGCGCCGUAUGGAGAGUACUGGCGGCAGAACCGCAGCAUAUGCGUGAUUCAUCUGCUGAGCAGCAAAAGGGUUCAGUCCUAUCGCCGCGUGAGGGAGGAAGAGACUUCCCUCUUGGUCAAAAAGAUCAGAAAAUUGGGUGCUUCUUCAAAGCCUGUGAACUUGAACGGCCUCAUUCAGUCUCUGACGAAUGAUGUGAUUAGUAGGGUGGCGAUGGGGAAGAAGUAUGGUUUGGGGAGUGAUACGAGGGAGAUUUAUGAGGAUCUUGGGUUGUUGUUGUCGAUUGUACCUCUGUGGGAGUACAUUCCGUGUUUGAAUUGGACUAGAAGGUUUGAUGGUUUGGAUAAGAGAGUAGAUAGAGUGGCUAAGGAGAUGGAUGGAUAA